GUGUACUCUAUCACUUCUAUGCACGCUCCUCUCCGGCGACCUCUCUCCUCUGCCAGUAAACGACAGUUCACAAGCCCUCUCUUCCGUCGGCACGAUGAUGCGCGACGGGCCCUCGAGGUCCGGCCAGUCCGUCGGGCCUAACGAGGCCAUGGUCAUCAACCAGCAGCAACACAUCUCCGAGCUCGUCGCGCGGAACAAGACGCUCGAGCACACCAUCUCGAAGCUCAAAGCGGCCGUCGAGGCCGAGAAGGCGCACGCGCACGACGCGGUCGCGCAGAUCGAGGCGCGCUGGAAGGCGGAGCGCGCGGAGUGGCGCGAGGGCUGCGACUCGCUGCAGAUCGCGCACCGCAUCGCGCACCUGCGCACGGGCGACGACCUCGACCGCGCGCGCGGCGCGUUGCUCGAGGCGAAGGAGGCGCUGCGCACGGAGCGGCUGUUGCGUAUGCAGCGUGAUUUUAGGUUGGUGAUGUUCCAGGCGAAGGAGAUCGAGUUGGAGCAGCGGAAUGCGGCGCUCGAAAGGGAGCUGGCGGAGGCGGCGGUGGAGAAGGAGGAGUUGGUGGAGGAGCUGGAGGAGCGGGUGGCGGAGACGGCGACGGCGCUGGAGCAGCAGUGUGCUGAGCUCGCCGAGCAGUUGGGCGAGGUGGCGGAGGAACAGGCGAGGACACUCAAGGAGAAAGAGAAGGCUGAGACGGAUCUUGCAAGUAUACGCGCCGAACGGACAACCCUCCUCGCGGCCUCCGACCGGACAACCAAGAGUCUCGAGCGCGUAUCACUGCAAUACGACACCUUGAAAUCCACCCAUGACGACCUACUGAAGAAGUACGCCGAGUCCGAAGCCACGGUGGCCUCUCUCCGCCGGCAGGUGGACAAAUGGACGACUCUGGAGAGCCGCGAGAACGCCGACCUGGAAUCACUCCGCAAGGUACGUAUCGAGCUCGAGGUCAAGGUCAAGCAGCUCGAGACGGAGAAAGCGGAGGGCGAGGCGGAGAAGGCAGCGCAGGACGCGCUCGUACAGAAACUCCAGCGCAAGGUCGACAAGUACAAGGAGUCAUGGACGGCACACGCGAAAGCGACUGAGGAGGCGCAAGAGGACGCGGAGAGACUGCAGGCCGACCUCGCAAAUGCGCUCGCGCAGCAGGAGAAGCUGGAGGACGAGCUGCAGGCCACGCAGGCGAAGCUCGCGGAGGCGCAGAGCAGCGCACGCGCCGUUUCUUCUAAGGCACCCAGAGCGUCCAAAGAGCCUACGCGGCACCAGCCUGAGCCAGUGGACGACGACGAUGUGGUGAUGCAAGAAUCGCCUCCCCCUCCGCCCCCAAAGAAGAAGGCUCCUCCAAAGUCAAAGGCCCCUCCUCCCCCCGUCGAGGACGACUCAGACGACGAGAUCGAGGAAGUCGAGCCGCCCCCGAAGCCGAAGUCCAAAGCCAAGGGCAAGGAACGCGCGCGCCCUUCGUCUGACGUCGAGGAGGCAGACCCGCCAGCGCGGAAGCCUUCGAAGGACAAGAGCACAGACAAGGAGAAGGAGAAGAAGCCGCGCAAGCGCCAGCCCACCGCGGACGCGGACGACAGCGACGUGCAGAUCGUCGAGCCCAAGCCGAGUGCCCCGGACAAGAAGGGCAAGCGGAAGGCAAGCACCGCCGACGAGGACGACGCUCCCGCGCCGAAGAAGGGGCCGAAGAAGAAGAAGGCUGACGAACAGGAGGAGGAGGAGGAGGAACGGCCGGCGCCGCGACCGCGUGGUAGGCCCAAGAAGAGCGAAGCUGCCGCAGCGAAACCCGCUGCGAAGGCCACCGUGACUGGCGCGAAACGGGGCAGACCACCCGGGCGACCGUCACUGGCAGCUAGCAGCUCUGGGAAAGGCGGUUCGGGCUCGGGAGCAGGUGACGGUGACGGCGGCGAUGCUGAGCCUGAGGGCGAAGGGAAUGGCGAAGGGGUGCCCAAGAAGAAGAAACGGAAGAUCAACAUGUUCGCCGCGGCGCAACCGACGAGUUUCCAGUGGGACCUAGGAAAUCCCGGCGAUGGCGGACUGAACAUCCCGACGGUCUUGUCGCCCAUCAAGGAGGGCGACGCCCCUCAACCACGUCCGAGCUUUUCUUCUGCGCUUGGUAGCCUUAGUCGUCUUCGAUAGUCGAUUUAUGCUAUGAUACAUUUUGGAGAUCAGGCACUACUCCAUACCCGUUUGAGUAAUUGUAUGGUAUCGCUACGCUAUGCACAACACAUGUAUAUGAGGAUCUUGUAUGUAAAAC